UGAGGAGCCUCCUCACAUGAGACAGUGUCAAGAUGCUGUGGAUCACACUGCUUCUCCUCCAUCAGGCGUAUUCGCUGCCUCCGGUGACCACAGUUGGACUUGGGAAACCUGUGACUUUAACAUGUGUUUUACCGGAUAUCAAAAGCCGGAUAGUCUUCUGGUACAAGCAGAGCGCCGGGGAAACGCUGAAAUUAAUGGUGACACUGGGGAGAAAUGGAAAACCUCUAUUUGAAACAGAGUUUUCUUCUUCAUUAUUCGAUGCUAACAUUUCUGAAAAUACGAGCAAUCUGACCAUUUUGACGACGACUCAAGAAGACGAAGGAAUGUAUCACUGUGGAGCCUUGGAGUGGCCUAAGAUUAGCUGGAGUGGAACCUAUGUGUCAUUAAAAGGAAACACUGAGAGGACAACAGAGCUGACAGUCGUUCAGUGGCCGACAGUCUCUGAUCAGCUCCGUCCAGGAGACUUGAUGUCUCUGCAGUGUUCAGUCCUCUCUGACCCGGACGGUAAAACGUGUCCCGGAGGUCACAGCGUGUUGUGGUUCAGAGCCGGAUCACAUGAAUCUCGUCCAGACAUCAUCUACACUGCUGGAAACAGACGUGAUGGAUGUGAGGAGAGAUCUGCCUCUCAGAAAAGCUGUGUUCAUCACUUCUCUAAGAACAUCAGCUCCUCUGAUGCUGGGACUUAUUACUGUGCUGUGGACACAUGUGGACGCCUUUUAUUUGGAGAUGGGACUAAAGUGGACGUUUCACAACCAGCACAUUUUGGAUUUAUCAUCAUGGUGAUUUUAAUCGUCUGCUUGGUUAUUUCUACUAUUGGAAAUGUUUUCCUCCUCUGCAAACAAAAAGCACGUAAACAACAUGGAGGAUUGGAGAGCGCUGUUUCAGAAGCCAGAAAAGAUAACGCAUCACAUCAAGAACACAACACCACCGACGCUGAGGACAAAUUAAACUAUGCUGCUCUAAACUUUUCUGCAAGAAAACCAAGAGGAAGAAAGAAGAGAGAGUUUUCUGAGGACAGUGUGUACGCUCAAGUGAAACUCUGAUGCUGUAAAUAAAGUCGAGCUUAAACUCUAAACCUGCAUCAUGUAGAUUUUAUUAUUUACUAAACCCUCUGGCCAUCUAGCAAAACCCACUGGCCCUCCAUCAGAACCCACUGGCCCACAAUCAAAACCUACUGGUCCACCAACAAAACCAACUGGCCCACCUACAAAAGAAACUGGCCCACAAUCAAAACCUACUGGCCCACCUACAAAACAAACUGGCGCACAAAGAAAACCAACGGGCCAACCCACAAAGCCUACUGGCCCACCCAUAAAAAACCCACUGGCCCUCCAUCAGAACCCACUGGCCCACAAUCAAAACCUACUGGUCCACCAACAAAACCAGCUGGCCCACCUACAAAACAAACUGGCCCACAAUCAAAACCUACUGGCCCACCUACAAAACAAACUGGCGCACAAAGAAAACCAACGGGCCAACCCACAAAGCCUACUGGCCCACCAACAAAACCCACUGGCCCACCAACAAAACCCACUGGCCCACCAACAAAACCAACUGGCCCACCCAUAAAAAACCAACUGGCCCACGAACAAAAACCCCUGGCCUGGCCCACCAACAAAACCAACUGGCCCAUUAAGGAACCCACUGACUCAUUCACAACACCACCUGGCCCUUUACAUCUAGUGCUCUAAUCGUUAAAUGAUAUGUGACCAUGUUUUUGCUGUAUUAGCCCCAACUCUCAACAAUCAAGUCCCACAAACCAUCAGAUCUGCAGAAUCAAGAAACAUCUAAAAACUCAGCUGUACAGCCAAACCUUCAUGUUACUCCCAAACUCUUUCUUGUGCUUCAAUUGUUUCUGUUUUUGUCUAAUUCUUAUUUUGCCUUGUUGGAUGUUGUGAUUCAUUUAUGUAUUAAUGUGCUAUGUAAAUAAAGUUUUGCCAACUUA